UGCGGCGCAUUCCACCGCUGGUGGGGGGGGACGAGAGCGCACGUUCCCGUUCAGUUCGCUGUUUUCUUUACGGCUUCAGUCCCGAUCAGAUCACAGAACACCGACAGCUGCACGGUUCUGGAUCCGGUCCCGGGUUUCAGUCUGUGUUUACUUUCUUCUCUUUAUUUUGGGGACAAAUUCCAGGCGCACGUGAGGACGCGACACACUUGACAGAAUCAUGACAGGAAUCGGAUCUGCCUCGGACGCUGAGAGGGAAAACACACUACAGCCAGAGUCAGACCAGAACCUUACACCUCCUAAAAGUUCACCUUUGGACCUGAUUGACACGGGGAAAGGAGUGAAGGUUCAGAGCGCUGCUCCUCACCUGGUCAGUCUGGGAAGCGGCCGUCUGAGCGUAGCCAUCACCGUACUGCCACUGAAGGAAGGAAUCACGCGUAUCGGCCGUGAAGAUGCUGCUGUGCCACAGGACAUCACCAUCCAGGGUCCAGACAUCGAAGCUGAGCACUGCGUGAUCGAGAACAGAGGCGGAGUGGUGACUCUUCAUCCCUGUGGACAUCUGUGUUCACUUGAUGGAGUUCCAGUGACCACGCCCACCCAGCUCACCCAGGGUUAUUCUCUGUGUUUGGGUAAAUCGUACUUCUUCCGUUUUAACCACCCUGAAGAGGCCAGUCGGAUGAAGAGCAUGCUUCCUCAGAAGAGUCCCGUGUCCCCGCUGGUCUACAGCACAGAUUAUAUGAAGUUCAGUAGCGAUUUCAGUUCCAGCAUAGGUGGACCGAGUUCCAGAGGUGUUCGGUCCGUCUCCGAGCUGCGGGAAUUAAUGGACACCUUACAAAGGAAGAAACAAGCUCUGGAGAACAGCCUGCGGACGAAUGGUGACAGCAGCCCCUCCUACUUCAGCAUGACACAGUCCCCGCCUUCGACGCCUAACUCCUUGUCAUCCAUGAGCUCGUCAAGCUUGAUAUCUCCCUAUCAAGACCAAGCAAGACGACUAUACACCACCGACCGGCCACCUCUUUCGGGUAAACUCCCUGCCCAGUCGUCUAACAGCGUACCUCCAUCACCACGCCGCAGUGACCCGCGAGAAUACAACUCCUCGCUUCCUACUUUGCACCCGACGAUGACCCGGAACCAGUCCCAGGAUAGCCUUCUCGCGUCCUCGGAUGGUCGACGUGGCCAAACAAGUUCUUUGCUGUCGAUGUGGAAUGGCUCUUCAUCUACAGCAAGCAACACCCUUGUGCCAAGUCCAGGAGGUCGAAGUGGAGCAGCAAGCAUGCCGUCCAGCCCGCGAUUAGCUCGCAGAUUAUUGCCUGAGGAAGCGGGACGCCCAAUUCCAGCCCCACGCCAAAGGAAGUACUCGGCUGGUUCUCUAACAGGAAUGGGAAUUGGUGCUCACAGCCGCUCCCUGCCUCGUCUCUACCGCCCGGGGGAGUCCCAGCUCGCCCCUCUUACCCUUCCAUGGCCCCGGUCCUCACCCACCCCUGAGUCCAGUCACCAAAACGGACACUCUGAGGUGGUCUCCAUCUCCUUAUCUGCCAGGUCCAUUCCCAAACCAGUACCUAUACGUAAGGAGGUGAUUGUGCCCUCAGGUGCUGCGACCAGCCCACGCCAGGCGAAGAAGGUGAGCCUGACCUCCAGCAGCUCCUACUCAGAUUUGGAGAAGCAGGUCGCGUGCACCUCACCUACCUUGGAGCUGGGCCUGGGCGAGAGGAGGCAGUCGUUCGGAAAGGCCGGGAUUGGACCACAGGGUGGAUUCCGUGAGAGGAGAGGCAGCAUCAGCUCUCUGAGUGGGAAAGAAGAGCUCCAGGAUUAUCACCAGAGACAGAGAGACGAGAGACUCCGAGAGCAGGAAGUGGAGAAACUGGAGCGUCAACGUCUGGAAACCAUCCUCAGUCUGUGCUCAGAACGGGAUCAGAGCAGCUCAGCCGUGGCCGACCUGCAGAAGAUUAAUAAGGAGCUGGAGAAGCUGCAGGUGACUGAGGACGAUUCCAUAUUUUCCGACUCUGCAGAGAACGGCUACGUGUCUGCCGUUUUGGUGGAGCGCCAGGUGCGCCAGCGUCGUUCCAGUGGGCAGCGAGAUCUCAGGGCGGAGUCACCUGCCGGGAAUCUUCAUGGCUCCGCCCCCACCCCGUCCCCUAGGCAGGCGCGUAUUAACAAGCAGGCAGCCGAGGACGAAGAAGUCCGGUUGAAGCAGGAAGUGACGCGUAUUGAAGAGGAGAGGAUCCAGGUCCUAAACAACAUGGAGGAGCUGGAGCUGAAGAUCAAAGAGCUGGACAACCAAAUGGACGAAUCAAUCCAAGAGAUGGAGGUGGAACGCGCUCUGUUAGACGGUGAGCAGGAGUCUGAGGCGGCUCAGCUGCAACAGGAGAAGGAAGCUCUGGAGCAGCUGAAGGACAAAAUGGCCGACAUGGAGAGGAAGGUGCAGGUGGAGAAGUCACAGGACAAAGCCCAGCUUGAUGCUGAGCGGUUAAAACUCGAGCGUCUGGCCGAAGUGCUGUCUGAGCAGCGUGCUCAGCUCGACACGUGUCCCGAAGCCCUGAAAGAGCAGCUCGUCCUCCAGCUGUCCAGGGACGCCGAGACCCUGGAGGUGGAGACGAAGCGCUUUGAGGACCUGGAAUUCCAGCAGCUGGAGCGAGAGAGCCGUCAGGACGAAGAGAAAGAGACCCAGACGCAGCAGAUCCUCAGAGAGAUCGCAGAGUUCCAGCGCAGCACUGUCACUCGCAAGGAAAAAUUGCUCGCUCUGAAGAAACAGUCCACCCAGAUCAUCCAGCAGACGCAAAAGGAGAAGGAAAGCUUCCUGAAGGAGAAGAACACCCUCCAGAUGAUGCUACAGCGGGAAAAGGAGAAUCUUCACAACCUGGAGAAGAAAUAUAGUGAGCUCACAGGGGGGCGGAGCUUCCCCAUCAACCCUCUCAGUAUGAAGGAGGGUUAUGUCACAGUGAGUGAGAUCAAUGAACUCUAUGCCAAAUCAGGGGUAGAAUCAACCCCCGGCCAAGUCAGCCCCAAUGCCCCUGAAUGUCUCAGCGCUGGGGCCGAACCCGGGCCCUGUACUGAAGACGACAGAGGUCCCUCAGGAGAGGACGAGCAUUUCCGGAGCCUGGAGGAGAGGAAGAGAUUGUGUAAAGAAGGCCACAUGUGUGACACGAUUCCUCGGAAAAAAUCCCAGACUGUGAUCAGCUCUCAGUUCAACUGCGCAACACUGGGCCGUAACACACCUAAUAAAUCUCAUCUGCCUUUAGUGCAGAGCUCCAGCUGUGGCAGCGUCUUAAACCGAGUCCUCAACAUGUCCCCGAAAGACUCGGAAACACGCCGUCUACACAAGGGUCAGAGUCAGCAGCUGGUGAGUGAAGACCAGCGCUCCAGACUCACCGAGCUCGGGGUCCGAGCUGCCUCGCAGUCCAACGUCUACCUGGACUCCAUAAGUUACCGUGACAACGGCUUUGACACGUUCAGCGUGGACAGCUCGGACAGCAUGGAGACCAGCAUCUCCGCCUGCUCGCCCGACAACGUCUCCAGCGCCAGCACCUCCAACGUGGCCAAGAUCGAGGAGAUGGAGCGACUGCUGAGGGAGGCUCAGGCUGAGAAACACCGACUACUGGAGCACAGGGAGCGAGAGAUAGAGAUCCGGCGUCAGGCUCUGGAGGAGGAGCGCAGGAGGAGAGAAGAUCUGGAGAAACGACUGCAGGAGGAAACGAGUCGAAGGCAGAAGCUCAUUGAGAGGGAAGUGAAGCUACGUGAGAAACAAAGAGCUCAGUCGCGUCCUCUGACCCGCUACCUGCCCGUGAGGAAGGACGACUUCGACCUGCGCAGCCACAUCGAGUCGGCCGGACACAACAUCGAGACGUGCUACCACAUCUCCAUCAUGGAGAAGACGUGCCGCGGAUUCCUUAUCAAGAUGGGAGGAAAGAUUAAGACGUGGAAGAAGCGCUGGUUCGUCUUCGACCGCAACCGCAGGACGCUGUCGUACUACGCAGAUAAACACGAGGCAAAGCUGAAAGGAGUGAUCUACUUCCAGGCCAUAGAGGAGGUUUAUUACGAUCAUUUAAAGAACGCACACAAGAGCCCGAAUCCGUCCUUAACGUUCAGCGUAAAGACUCACGAUCGCGUGUACUACAUGGUGGCUCCGUCCCCCGAGGCCAUGCGGAUCUGGAUGGACGUCAUCGUCACAGGAGCCGAGGGAUACACGCAGUUUAUGAUUUAGACACGUGUGCGUGUGUGUGUGUGUGUGUGUGUGUGUGUGUGCCUUAAAGACUUUACCCAGUGAUUUUGGUGUUGCUGGAUCACGUGACCCACGUCAUGAUCGCAUGUGCAGUGCAAAGGUUUUCCUACAGCUGUGGUGGUUUUUUUUUUUAUCUAAAGUGCCUUGAGAUUUCAGAUGCUUGUGAAGCUGAUCUUCAUGUGGCUUGGUCAGAUGUCCACCGAAAUGACGGACUCUGAUUGGUUGAGACAUCACGCUCACAAGACCUACAGUUUAAACAUAACAUCUUUUAACAUUGUGUUUCAUUAGGAAUUGAUUUUGUGUGUGUGUGUGUGUGUGUGUGUGUGUGUGUGUGUGUGUGUGUGUGUGUUGGUCUUUAGGGAUGCACAGUAACAGCAGCAUUAAAGAUGCGGUCUGUCAUUUUCAAAACAGUCUUAAACCCAGGCAAAAUUUAUCAAAAGAGUUGUGUUAUUCUUUAAAAGUUAGCUCCGCCUACAAGUCAGUAUAUAUAGACGAGGUGUACAUAUGACAUUAAACAUUUGUCGUUAAACUACAAAACUACUAUAAAACUUUGGUCAAUGUUUUUUAUUGCAGUUCACAUUUUAUACAACAGAGGGUGCUAAAAUCCCAGACUGCAA